GUCAGCGGAGUUCACGCGCAUUCUCAGUGCGAUGGGAGUCCUGUGAGGAGGAUGGACCCUCGGCAAAUACUGCGACUCUUGGUCGUUUUAUCGGGAUUAAACGGAGCGUGUGAUGCUCUGUUCUGUAACUGCACUACACCACACUGUGCGAAGGAUGAUUUUAAGUGCGAGACCAACGGGGCGUGCGUGGCCUCCACCUCUGUCAUUAAAGGACAGGAGCAACACGUGCGGCUCUGCAUUAAGAAAGAGAAGCUGAUUCCUCCGGGCCAGCCAAUCUACUGCCUCAGCACAGAGGGACUGGUGAACACACACUGUUGCUACUCGGAUUACUGCAACAGCAUUGACCUCAGAGUACCAACAGUGACGAACGAACCGGGCACAGAACAGGACUGGGGGCCGGUGGAGCUCACGGCAGUGGUGGCGGGUCCGGUCUUUGUGCUGUGUGUGCUGGUUCUGCUGGGUCUCUUCCUCUUCCAGCACCACCAGCGAGCUUACGGCCACCGGCAGAGGCUGGAGGUGGAGGAUCCCAGCACUGAACACAUGUUCCUGGCCAAGGACAAGACCUUGCAGGACCUCAUCUAUGACCUCUCCACCUCAGGAUCUGGGUCAGGUCUGCCACUGUUUGUCCAGAGGACAGUGGCCCGUACUAUAGUGCUGCAGGAGAUCAUCGGUAAAGGGCGCUUCGGGGAGGUGUGGAGGGGGAGGUGGAGAGGAGGUGACGUCGCGGUGAAAAUCUUCUCCUCUCGUGAAGAACGCUCCUGGUUUCGUGAAGCUGAAAUCUACCAGACCAUCAUGCUCCGCCACGAGAAUAUUCUGGGUUUCAUUGCGGCCGACAACAAAGAUAACGGCACAUGGACUCAGUUGUGGUUGGUGUCAGACUAUCAUGAGAACGGAUCCCUGUUUGACUAUCUGAACCGAUAUUCAGUCACCAUCGAGGGCAUGAUCAAACUGGCACUGACGGCUGCCAGCGGCCUGGCACAUCUGCAUAUGGAGAUAUUGGGCACUCAGGGUAAGCCUGGCAUCGCUCACCGUGACCUGAAGUCCAAGAACAUCCUGGUGAAGAAAAACUGCACGUGUGCAAUCGCUGAUCUCGGCCUGGCAGUUCGUCACGAGUCCGUCUCUGACACCAUCGAUAUCGCCCCCAACCAACGCGUCGGCACUAAGAGGUACAUGGCACCUGAGGUUCUGGAAGAGAGUAUAAACAUGCGUCACUUUGACUCGUUUAAAUGCGCCGAUAUCUACGCUUUAGGACUCGUGUACUGGGAGAUCGCUCGCCGCUGCAAUGCUGGAGGAAUUCACGAAGAGUACCAACUGCCCUACUAUGACCUGGUGCCCUCCGAUCCAUCCAUAGAAGAAAUGAGGAAAGUUGUGUGUGACCAGAGGUUACGACCCAACAUACCGAACUGGUGGCAGAGCUAUGAGGCGCUGCGUGUGAUGGGGAAGAUCAUGCGCGAGUGCUGGUACGCGAACGGCGCCGCGCGACUGACGGCUCUCCGGAUCAAGAAAACCCUGUCUCAACUCAGCGUGGACGAAGACAUGAAAAUCUGAGCGCAAACACUACCUUCAGCGAGAGAGAGUAAAACACUCCUAGGAAAGACGACGUGUACAGACAUGCUACCACUCUAAACUAUCCUGCCAGUUCAAAAAGUAUUUCCGUCCACUCGGUUGUGACGGGGCCUACCUCACCCCACCGCCAAAACUACUGAACCUACGCUAGCGUCAUCCACUCAUCAUCAUCCACUCUGUCAUGUGACGUUCAUGGUUUCUGUUCAAAAAUCAGUUUUCCCCAAAGAUUAUUUUCCAAACACGUGCGUUUUGCCUUCUCUUAGAUCAGUUUGACCAGUUUAAGCUCUAAACCACCUCAGGUUUAGUAAACCGAGUUAAUUUGGUUUAAGGUGGGCUGAUGGCACUGCUAGUCACGUGUUCCCUUCUCUUAGCCAGUGGUUAAAGCUGUUAGCAAAACAACCUUAUUUGCACUUUAUUACGGAGGUUUCAUGAGCGUGGAUUAUAGCCAUCUUGAUUUUUGGAAUCACACACUGGCACACACACACACACACACGUCUAUUCUUACUACUGAACGGUACUACGGAUGUGUAUUUAUUUUAGCUUGUAGAUCCUUCAUAUUUUUUUAUCGCCGUUAGAUUUCCUUCUCUCCUCCAUGGGCGAAUAAAGCUACUGUACAUAGUAUAUUUUUUAAAAGUAUGGAAGUGUAAAUAGCAUACCCUUUUUUUUUUGGUUUUCAUUUCCGAAUCCUUCGUCUAAGCUAAAGUGUUUAUACGUCCCGAGCGUCGGACAGGGUCAUCUAAGAUGUGAUGUGAAGCUGCGCGGGCGCCUGGGUAAAGUACAUGCGUUUGUUUUUCAUAGCUAAACUUGUGUGUUGCUUCUCACUGUAGCAUUAAAUGACACUAAAAAUGACGAGGACACUGAUAACGCACAUUUUAUUAGUCGAGGAGACUGUUUUGUUAGGAAUAGUUGAUUAUUUAUUCACCCUCAUAUUGUUCCAAACCCUUUAUUCAGUGCAACCCAAAAGGAGACGAUGAGCAGAAUGUGCACACUGCUCUUUUCCAUGACAAAUCUGAACACUACAAGUCUGAAUUUAUAUGGACUACAUCCAUGAUGCUUUUUAGGCUUGACACUCCCAGAAUCCAAUCACUUUGAGCAUAGAUACACGUGAGUGUGAAUAAAUAAUGAUUUUAAUUUUGGCAAAAAGGCACAAUGAAUUGUAGAGGAAGUAGAUCUCAUUUUUCAUGCACUGGGCCUGUUAUGAGAGAAAACGACUUGAAAAUGUAAGCUGACUUGAAAAGUUGGGCGUUGAAGCCUCUUUACUCCUAAUACACUGUAUUUAUGACUCCAGAUUUCUACUACUGCCCUCCUGUUCCUCUCGCUUCUGAAUGAAAUAUGCAAGAUGUAAAUAUAGUUUCUAUAAUGUAUGACAUUUUUUUAAUAAUCCACUUUGAUUCUGUAGACAAGUGUGUGUAGCUGUGUUUUGUUUAAUCUGUUUUUGUGGUUUGUUUUUUAAUGUGACUCGGAUUUAAUUCAGGUUUAAUUUGUAUAGCGCUUUUAACCGUAGGAAUCGUCUUGAAGCGGCUGUACAGGGGUUUGGGUCUGUGGUCUUUCGUUUUUUAUUAUUGAUGAUUUUAUUAUCUCCCAGUGGCUCACAGACGUUUCAGGAUUAAUGUCUAGAGUAUGUGUAUGAUGUUUGACAAUCGAAAUAAGUACUGUUGUAAUCUCAUUCGUCCAUUUGCAACAAUUCAAAGUCACCUUACGCUAUUUAAUGUGUCCAGAGAAAGCCAAAUAUGAUUGCAUAGAGAUGGAAGAUGGUUACUUUGAAAUUUUUAUGUUUUUUUGUUUUUUUUUGUAAUAUUGAUCCAAAAAAAAAGGACAAACUUCCAUGUCAGCAUAUGUGAAAUGUGAUUGUAACUACUGAGAACUAUAAUACUACACUGGCACGAAUCUGUCAUGGAAAACCUUAAAGAAUUGAUAAUAAGUAAUGAGUUCUGGAUGGACCUGUGUUUGUUUCUCCUGUUAAACGAGAGUUUGUACAUAUAUUUAUAGCUUCCAGAAAGCAUUUGACGACUCGUCUCUUUCAUCCACUCGCUGUAGUGGAGACGUUCGUCGCCUGAUUUAAGAUGUGCAAACGGUCCUGGUUUCCUCUAUCCUCUGACCUCACAGCCUACCUGUAUAAUCUGCCUGUUUUUCCCAAAUCUACAUGGAUUUUCAGGAAUGUUCAGUUUCCAGUCAUGUACAUGGGUAAUUAUUAAAUGGUAAUAAACACAGAUUUUCCUACA